UAAAAAAAAGUGGUUGGCAUGAAUAUUAAAAUGUGAAAGCCCUAAAAACCAAAACCCUCUUGCCUCGCUCAUCCCCGAUAGCUGCAGUAGCCUCUUUCAGCUGAAAUUCAACGAAGAAGACAACAAAUUGCGGCCAAAUGGGGUCUUCCAAAGCAUUGCAAGCUGCGAAAGUGUAUCGUCACCUCCUCAAAGCAGUGAAGAAACACAUUGGCAAGGACGAAAAUAAGACCCAUUUCACAGAUUACAUAUCACAACAGUUCCGCAACAACACUCAACAGUCGGACCUCUCUUCCACUUACAUUCAACACAAGAUCAAGCUUGCCCGAGAUUACACCUUUCUUCUAAACAGCGUCCACCAUCAGAUGGAUUUGCUGUUUUCUUACAACAUUGCGGUGGAUAGAUCAGAUGAAAUGAAGAGAAUACUAGGAAAGUCUGCUGCAAGUGUGGGUCUUCAACUUCCUGAAGUUUAUCAGCCUUGAUAGUUGCAGUUACAUCUCACGGGCUGGAAGUGGUCCGUCAAACACCACACCAAAUUUGUAGGAAUUUCUAUAGGAUCUCAGGUUGUCUAAUCAUUAACGGAAAAUGUUGAUGUUGUCACUGGUUGUCCUAUAUCGGCCUCCCCUUUUAAUAAGCUGAUCUUACCAAAGUGGUGCAAGCUGCAAAACUGUAGAUGGUGAAUAAGCUGAAGAUGUCAUGACUGUACGUGUUGCUCUGCUUAAUGGGUUUGUUCGUGAAUGACUGCAUUUUCUUUAUCAUUUUUUUCCCUUGGUAGUUGCAUUUUGGUAUCAUUGAUAUGGGUAAAAGAUGGUAGAGGCAUUCUCAAUCAAUGGCAAGCUGCAAAUUUUUGUUAUUGUGUUAUUUGGUUUGGAAAAUGAUUCUUAAUCCGAUUAAGGGUGUUUUUUCUUUUGAUGUAGCGAAUAGGACCCGCACUUGAGCUUAUUUACUACAUCGAAUGGAUAAAAACUCGUCUCCUAGACAAAUCGCCUGGAGAAAUUGGUUUUGAAUAGCAUUACUCAUUUAGUUUUGUCUUUA